ACUCUGGCUCGCACUGCGCUGCAGGUGGAGGUGGAGGCUCACGGUACCGCCGACCUGUGGAGGGGCGAGUUCGAUGCCGCUUUCAUCGAGGACCUGACCCGCAAAACGGGGAAUUUCAAGCAGUUUGGCAUUUUCUGCAGCAUGCUGGAGUCAGCACUGAUGCAGAGCAGCGAGUCCGUCAGCCUGGAGCUCCUCACCUACGCCGACCUGGAGACCCUGCGUAGCCGGAAAGUGGGGGCAAUCGCCCGGCCUCCCCCUUCCUCCUCUUCCCCCCUCAGCACCAAGCGCUACCUUAUCCUCGUCUAUUCUGUGGAGUUUGAUAGGAUCCACUACCCGCUGCCGCUGCCUUACGUCGGGCGGCCGGACCUUGCCACACUGGUGCGGGAGUUGCGGGAGGAGCUGGCACGGCUCCGGGCCCGACGCCUGGAGGAGAUCCAGCACCUGCGGGACGCGCUGCGACAGGCACUGGAGGAGAAGCAGGCGGCAGAGGCCCGGCAUCAGCGUGAGCACCGUCAACUGGCUGCCCAGCUGGCCGAGGCAAAGGCAUCAGAGCAGAGGCUGCAGCUGCGGGUGAAGAGCCUGACAGCCGAACUGGCCUCCUGCAGGAGGGGCCGCCGGACAUCUGCCAGUACAGCCCCCUGCCCCCAGGAACGACGCUCGGCAUCCCUGGAGAGCCACAGGAGCAGCCGGGGCUGCCCCUCUCUGCGAUCCCCAUCACCUGCAGGCUCCCGCCUCCCACGCUUCGACCCCACUGCCUUCGUCAGGGCCCGGCAGCGACGGCAGAAGGAGGCUGAGCUCAGAAACCAGCGGCACAGGGCAGCUUUUGGCAGCUCCAGUCCGGUGAGGAGCCAUGGGCGCAGCUCGUCGGCCACAAGCUUCCGGAGCUGGUGCUCGGCAGUGAGCUCUGGCAGCAAAGGCAGUGAGUGCCCCGAGGCCAUGCCCCACAGGGACAGGAGGGUGACCCAUACCCAGAGACCCCUGAGCACCUCGUCCUGCAAUGGCCCCUGUAUGGCACCUCGCCUGGCUGCCAGUCACAAGGUGCCCAUACGCAGUGCUGCUGGCAAGCGCCCUGGUAAAGAGAACCACUCUGAGGAGCCCUCAGCUGAGCUGGCUGAGAUUGAUGCCCGGCUGUGGGCGCUGCAAGAGUACAUGGACAGCCUGGACACCUGCAUGUGACUCCCCCCUAGGGACUCCCAGCCCCUCUGGGAACCCUCCCCCCUCCCUGUGUCAGGGGGUGACGGUGGUGUGGGGCAAGUGUUCCCCCAAAUAAACCCCUGUC